UAUCGACAGAGGUAAUUUGUAUGUAUAAAUAAAUAUAUGAUUCAUGGUGGUCGUCGUCAUCUACACUAGCCAACGUAACCGAAACAUAAACCCAAAUCAAGAGUGAAGCAGAUCAGACUAAAAGCCUAAAACCACAAACCCUUUCAGAUUCUCUUUCAUUUUUUAAUCAUCGAUUCUUCUUUCGUUUCUGAACAAAAUUCUUCCUUUGUGGAAUCUGAGAUUUUCUUGGCGAUUUUCUCGGAAAAGUUGGCUUUUUUUUAUAUGAAUUGGUGAAAACAGAGACGAAGAGGAUCGAUAGAUUUAUGUUUUGACUUUUGAUUGAUUGAUAUUGAUCGAUCUGCAUUUUCUCUGAUUGAUCGAUAGAUUUAUUAUGUCUCUGAGCGUGAAACAACCGAGUCUCCGUCGAAGUCUAUCAACGCCGUCGUUAUGUGGUGGAGGAUCUACGACGGCUGAGUGUUGCGGUGGUACGACGGCGAGUUGUGCCGCCUUAUGUCUAUGCGCCCCUUGUAGCGUCGUGAAUCUCGUCGUUCUCGCUGUGUACAAGCUCCCUCGUGGACUAUGCCGCCGCGCAAUCCGCCGUAUACGACGGAGAAGAUUAGCAAAAAAGGAGUGUUUAGAGAGUGGAGAGCUUGGUAAAGUAGGGAGUUCUCAAUUCGCUGUUCACCCAUUAGAGAGCCGAGAUGACGAGGAAGAAGAAGAAGAUGAGGCUGUGAUUGCGUUAGAGAAGGAGAUGUGGAGCAGAUUUUACAGUGGUGGUUUCUGGCGAAGCCUUUCUCAAGCUGAAACGGCGUCGUCUCCCAAAAACAAUUAGAGGAUUUUUAUUAUACAGUGUAAUGUAAAACCAAUGUGAAUUGGAGAUCAAUGUUGAUAAAAUGUGUGUUUUGUGCAAUCAAGUGUGACAUUUCGAUUUUUCUAUUUAGCUUUCAAUCAUAUCUUUUGAA